CCUCCCGGAAGUUGCCUGCCGGGGAGCUGAACGCCGGCCCCACACGGUGUCUGCUUGUGGUACUCAGUCGUGUCGGUCACGAGCACCCGGGCCGCAGUGUCGGCUGGGGCUCUGGGCUGCACGUUCACGAGCGCAGCGCCGACUGUACCUGGUGACGAUGGCGGGGCCGCAGCCCUUGGCUCUGCAGCUGGAACAGUUGUUGAAUCCGAGACCGCGUGAGGCGGAUCCUGAGGCCGACCCGGAGGAGGCUACUAGAGCCAAAGUGAUUGACAGGUUUGAUGAAGGAGAAGUGGAAGACGGUGAUCUGGCAGUGAGUAACAUUAGAAAAUUGGCAUCAUCUUCCCUCUUGGACACAGACAAAAGGUAUUCUGGAAAGACCACUUCUAGGAAAGCUUGGAAAGAAGACCACUGGGAACAGACUCUGCCAGGUUCUUCUGACAAAGAAAUAUCUGAUGAAGAUGGAUCUGGAGAUGAGGAUUCAGAGGACCUGGGCCUGGAGGAAUCGGAGGAAGAGGAGGAGGAGGAGGAAGAACUAAGUGCUAUUGAGGAAGAGGAUGCUGACAACGGUUCAAAGAACAGUCUGGCUCAGAAGAAGGGCAGAAGGCAUUCUACAGAAAUGCCAGGCUUCAGUUUCCAGAGCAUUAGUGAUUAUGAGAAAUUUACAGAAGGAAUGGAUGACCUGGGGAGCAGUGAGGCGGAGGAAGAGAGUGGCAUGGAAGAAGGAGACAUGGGGGAAAACUUAGAAGGUGAGAGUGAAGAAGACGGGGAAGGAGACAGAAACAGUGAGGAUGACGGUGUGGUGAUGACCUUCUCCAGUGUCAAAGUCUCUGAGGAAGUGGAGAAAGGAAGAGCUGUGAAGAAUCAGAUAGCAUUGUGGGACCAGCUCUUGGAAGGAAGGAUCAAAUUACAGAAAGCUCUGUUGACUACCAAUCAGUUGCCUCAACCAGAUGUUUUUCCAGUCUUCAAGGACAAAGGUGGCCCAGAAUUUACCAGUGCUCUAAAAAAUAGUCACAAAGCACUUAAAGCAUUGUUAAGGUCAUUGGUGGAUCUUCAGGAAGAGUUGCUUUUCCAGUACCCAGACACUAGAUACCUAGUAAAUGGGAUGAAACCCAAAACGGAGAGUGAGGAGAUUUCUAGUGAAGAUGAUGAGCUAGUAGAAGAGAAGAAGAAGCAAAGAAAAGCCCCACCAAAGAGGAAGCUAGAGAUGGAGAACUAUCCCAGCUUCAUGGCAAAGCGCUUUGCUGACUUUACAGUCUACAGGAACCGUACACUGCAGAAGUGGCAUGAUAAAACCAAACUUGCUUCUGGAAAACUGGGCAAGGGUUUCGGUGCCUUUGAACGCUCUAUAUUGACUCAGAUUGAUCACAUUCUGAUGGACAAAGAAAGAUUACUUCGAAGGACUCAAACCAAGCGCUCCGUUUACCGAAUUCUUGGCAAACCUGAGCCAGCCCCUGAGCCUGUAGCAGAGAGUUUGCCAGGAGAACCGGAGAUCCCUCCUCAAGUUCCUGCCAAUGCUCACCUGAAGGACUUGGAUGAAGAAAUAUUUGAUGAUGAUGAUUUCUACCACCAGCUCCUUCGAGAACUCAUAGAGAGGAAGACCAGCUCCUUGGAUCCAAAUGAUCAGGUUGCCAUGGGAAGGCAGUGGCUUGCAAUCCAGAAAUUACGAAGCAAGAUCCGAAAGAAGGUAGAUAGAAAAGCCAGUAAAGGAAGGAAGCUUCGGUUUCAUGUCCUCAGCAAGCUCCUGAGUUUCAUGGCACCUAUUGACCACACUGCAAUGAAUGAUGAUGCCAGGACCGAGUUGUAUCGAUCUCUUUUCGGCCAGCUCAACCCUCCUGACAUAGACCAUGGGGACUGAUGUCAUCAUCCUCUCACUCCAGACUACUGACCCCACCAGGACCCACGUGGCUGCUUCAAGGAUAGAUGACUUCAGAAUGCAGCACCCAGCGUCCCUGGGAGGGUGUUCUUUGGGAGCACAUACCUGUGUACAAAGCUCAGCCUCUGCAUCAAUUAACAUCACAGACACUGGCAGGGAUGGAGCCGUCCUCGGGGCUCAAGAGUACUGACUGCUCUUGCAGAGGACCCAGGUUCAGUUCCCAGCACCCACAUCCAGGAUCUCACAACAGCCUCUGACCCAGUUCCUGGGGGUGGGGAUUCAGUGCCAUCUUGUUAACUCUGUAAUCUCCAGCACUCAGGUGUGUACACACCCCACUCAGUCAUGCAAUUAAAACUAAGAGACCUUUUAAAAGAAAUAUGUUGUGAGUUCUGCUAGAAGAAGUGGUUUAGAGUUAAACUGCACAGUGACACGCCUGUUGAAAGGGUUUGUAUUUUUCUAGUUAAAUGAUCUACUCAUACAGUAUAUAACUCCAUUUCUUGCUGGGCGGUGGUGAUGCAUGAUUUAAUCAGAGGCAGGAGGAACUCUGUGAGUUUGAGGCUACCCUGGUCUAAAGAGCGAGUUCCAGAACAGCCAGGACUAUGUGGAAACCCUGUCUCAAAAAACAAAAACAAAAGCCUUCUAUUUCUUGUCCAUUCAUCCUUGAAUGGACACUCAGGUUAUUUCUAUAUCUGGACUGUUGUAAAUGGUGCUGUGGUAACUGUUGGAUCAUCUGACCCUUACUGUUCUGACCCUCACUGUCCUGACCCUCACUGUUCUGACCCUCACUGUUCUGACCCUCACUGUUCUGACCCUCACUGUCCUGACCCUCACUGUUCUCUGACCCUCACUGUCCUGACCCUCACUGUCCUGACCUUUACUGUUCUGACCCUCACUGUUCUCUGACUCUCACUGUUCUCUGACUGACCCUCACUGUCCUGACCCUCACUGUUCUGACCCUCACUGUUCUGACCCUCACUGUCCUGACCCUCACUGUUCUCUGACCCUCAGUGUUCUCUGACCCUCACUGUCCUGACCCUCACUGUUCUGACCCUCACUGUCCUGACCCUCACUGUCCUGACCCUCACUGUUCUGACUCUCACUGUCCUGACCCUCACUGUUCUCUGAUCCUCACUGUCCUGACCCUCACUGUUCUGACCCUCACUGUUCUCUGACUCUCACUGUUCUCUGACUCUCACUGUUCUCUGACCCUCACUGUCCUGACCCUCACUGUUCUGACCCUCACUGUCCUGACCCUCACUGUCCUGACCCUCACUGUCCUGACCCUCACUGUCCUGACCCUCACUGUCCUGACCCUCACUGUUCUCUGACCCUCAGUGUUCUCUGACCCUCACUGUCCUGACCCUCACUGUUCUGACCCUCACUGUCCUGACCCUCACUGUCCUGACCCUCACUGUUCUGACCCUCACUGUCCUGACUCUCACUGUCCUGACCCUCACUGUUCUCUGAUCCUCACUGUCCUGACCCUCACUGUUCUGACCCUCACUGUCCUGACCCUCACUGUUCUGACCCUCACUGUUCUGACCCUCACUGUUCUCUGACUCUCACUGUUCUCUGACCCUCACUGUCCUGACCCUCACUGUCCUGACCCUCACUGUUCUGACUCUCACUGUACUGACUUUCACUGCUGAUUUCCACUCCCUUUGAUACUGGCAAAACAGACUUCUGAGGCAGAUGGUGGUUCUGUUUUGUGUGUCCAUGUGUGUUUGUGUGCUCGUGCAGUGCUCAGUACCUAGGACUUCACAUGCUCUGUGUUCUGCUUUCCAGCCCCUUCUCGGUGUUUGGAAGAGCUGCUACUGCUGCCUCCUCCUCUUCUUCCCUCCUCCUCCUUUCUCCUUCCUCCUGAUCCUCCUUCUGUGCUUUGGUGUUAGCCUGCAUGUAUGUCUGUGUGAAGGUGUCAUGUCACCUGGAAAUGGAGUGCAGACUGUUGUGAGUUGUCAUGUGGGUGCUUGGAAUUGAACUGGGUCUUGGAAAAGCAGCCUUUGCUCAUAACUGCUGAGCCAUCUCUAGCUCCAGCCCCUGAAGGGGCUUCCAUGCUGUGCUUCAUAAUGGCUCCUCUAACUUUCACCUCCAAAUGGUAUUCAAGGCUCACUUGGUUGCUUUGCCAACAUUUGUCACUACUUACCUUUGGUAAAAGCCAUUUUACCAGGUGAUGCCUCAGUGUGGUUUUUAUUUGCGCUUGCCUAAUAAGCAAUUGCGUACAGCAUUCUCUAGUGAACCUCUUGGCCAUUUACAUAUCUUCUUUUGAGAAGUCUUUCAGUGUGGAUGUUUGUUCUUUGCAUGGAUGGAUGCAUGUGUGCACAGAGGAAUUCUGUCCAACUGUAAGCCAAGAAAGGAGUCUCUCCUCAGUGACAGCAUGGAUAAGCCUGGAGGACAGGUGAGUGAAGUAAGCCAGAAAGAGAAAGACAAAGAUCUCAGCUGUAAGUAAAGUCUGACACAAUUACCUCCCAGAUGAAGAGUAGGAUGGUGGCUGCCAGCAGCCAGGGGGGGACGGAUGAGGAUAGGGAGUUGCUGGUCAUGGGGUAUAAGGAGUUGUGUAGGCUGGUGGAGUGAGCUUUGAGGACCAGAAUAAUGGGAAUAAAUUCUAGAUGUCUCAUCACAAAAAUGUGAUCAGUGUGGCACUGGAUCUGUCCAGGGCUCAGUUCAGCCACUUCAUGCUGUGUACAUCUAGAAUGUCAUGCUUUAGACCAUGAAUAUAUAUGUAGGGAGAGAUCUUACUAGGUACCUGUGGUGCUGAUCACACCCAUUUGGGUAUGGCCACAGUGCAUACAUGGCAUGUGGGAUUUAGGCCUGAGGGGAGGACAGGCUCACUCUUGGGGUUCCAGUCGGGUCUUGGAGGGCAGUUGAGAUUGGAUGCUUGGAGCGCUGACCCUGGGUUAUUGGUUUCUCAUGUAAGUGAUUUCUCCCCAAUAAAGUUAACCUGUCAUCCCUA